AUGGUGAGGUUUAUUUACUUGUGGAGGUUGUUCUGCGGGAUAUGGAUUUUUCGGUUCUUUUAAAUGAGUUAAGAAUUGGUCAGAUGAACCCGCAACAACGCCAACAGCGUAUUAGGGAAAUUGCCGGAACAAAGCAUAUAAAUAAGAAUGAUAUUUACAAAAUUCAACCAGAUGUUUGGUUGGUUCGCUCUAUAACGAAUGAUGAAAUUGAAUACUCUGUCCAUGCUAAGCGGAUUUUGGACGAACAGAAAAUAAAUACGGAAAUUCAGGAAUGCACUUCUGAAAUUAACGACUUAAGGUUCGAGUGUGAAAAUCUGGAAAAAGAAAAUGAUAAACUUUCUAAAGAACGCGAACUCUAUGAGUCACAAGCCGUAAAAGCUGUAUCAAAGAUGAAUAAUCGAUCGUUACAAGAAACGUAUCGUUCAUCUAUAAUACUUUAUUGCAAAUUGUUGGAUAUUGAACUUCCGGAUCCAAAAGACCAAUUCAUGGAUUAA